GGGGUGAGGACGGACGGACCGGCCACCGGAGGGUCUGGCAGUCUGAGGCGACGCUCGCCAGCCCCGCCACACUCCACCCUUCACACCCACACACUACACCCACAAACUUCACUACACAACAUGUUUCGCAGGAAGUUGACGGCUCUGGAUUACACGAACCCCGAGAACUUCAAUGUUAAUGAUGAUAAGAGUUUUCGUGACCUUAUAGUUUGGCUUGAAGAUCAGAAGAUCAGGCACUACAAGAUUGAGGACCGUGGUGACUUAAAAGCCAUUGAUUCUAAUGACUGGCCUACAGCAUACAAAUGUUACCUUGGAGCCCUCAACUGUCCAACCAACCCCAAUGAUCGACCAGCUGUGGUAGAUUGGUUACUGGGACUUUCUGUGCGUUUUGAGUAUGGUGAUAAUGCUGAUAAAUAUAAAAGUGAGACAGCCGAGAAUGUACGCAACAGGCAACAGAGUGCGCCGAAGGUUGUGAACGUCAACCCUCUAGAUAUAUUAGACUUCAAGAGCCCAGAAUUUAGAGAUGGAAUAAACCGGCUGGCACAACAGCUAAACAUAACUGCGCACCCUGACCACCUCAUUACACUCAAAGCUAUAAGUAAACUUGUCAGCACCAGACUGUCAGCAGAAGCCAUACAAAAUCCUGGAGAAGUUAUCCAUCAAGGCAAAUCUUACCCCAUCUUUGAGGCCGAUUUGGGCUUUGAGACUGGAGAUUAUGUCCUUAAUAAUGCUGGAAAGGCAUUAAGGUUAAUUUACAUUCAUGACCUACGAGAACUUCAAACAAAAAUAAAUGAAUGCAUAGUAGCAGCUCAGAACAUAACGGCAAAUCCCAAGACUGACACCAAGCUGGGAAAAGUGGGACGUUAAUACAAACACUUAAGAAUUUGGCCAGACUAUACCCGAGUAAUCCGACAUAUUCGUAUUUACUUCCCAUGUCAGUGGAGAGUUUUUACUAAGAGAUAUGUUCAUAGAUACAGUAUAGUGUGUAGAGAAAUAGUUAGUUUGACAAAAGUGACAAAAUGCUGUUUGAUAAAACAGCAAUAGUGUCCAAUGCUGUUUGACAAAAGUGACCAGGUUUGUUGAACCAGCCAGAGAAAUCUAUGAUACAAUUAUCUAAUAGUAAAAACUACUUUUGGCAUGAUGUGCUUGAUGGCAUUCCCUAGUCGUUACAUAUACAAGUAUGUUGCUACAUCUAAUUUAUUUUUUCUGUUGACCUAACCGUUAGUGAUAAACUCUCAUGCCAAAUACAUACUAAUAAACACCCUGCAGCUAAGUUUGGGGUUUCACAUGACAACUCCACCAGUGCUAAAAUGAGUUAAUGUUCAACAUUAAUAAUGCUCAAAUUUUGUAAGGAAAUAAUAUCCUAUUGUUUAAAACCUGUAUACACAUCACGUUGAACAAUGUAACCAAACUUUUCUUUUUUUCUUUUUACUCAUAUUCAGUAAAUUUCUGUGAUAUGACAAAAACCCUGAAGACUAUAAUUCUGGGAAGUGUUCAGUGGAGUGUAUUUCUUAUAUAGCCAAUGUUAUUAUGAACAUGUCUGUGCCUGCCUGAUUGUUUAUGCAGUAAUUCAUAAGGACUUUAAAAAUAAAACAUAUUCAGUA